UCUUUGAAACGUCAACAGCGCCAAAUUUCAGCCUCUCUGUUUAACUGGAAAAUGUCCACCGAGGAGCCUCAAUGGAGAAAAGUCCAUACUAUUACAGGUGUAAUCCCGCGUUCCAGACACGGACACAGGGCAGUAGCCAUUCGGGAGCUGAUCGUAGUGUUCGGAGGUGGAAACGAAGGGAUAGCAGAGGACCUCCAUGUUUACAACACUGUCUCAAAGCAGUGGUUUCUGCCUGCUGUGAGGGGAGACAUCCCACCUGGCUGUGCUGCCCAUGGUUUAGUCUGUGAGGGCACUCGUAUACUGGUCUUUGGUGGCAUGGUGGAGUAUGGAAAAUACUCCAACAGCCUCUACGAACUUCAGGCUAACAGAUGGCUUUGGAAAAAAUUGAAGCCCAAAGCACCUAAGAAUGGCUUGCCCCCAUGCCCUCGUAUCGGACACAGCUUCACACUUUUGGGUAACAGAUGCUACGUGUUUGGGGGGCUGUCUAAUGUUAGCGAGGAUCCCAAUGGAAAUGUCCCACGGUACUGGGCACACUUUCUAAAGUUGUUCAUAAUUGAUGUUAUUAAAAAAAUACACCAACCACGAUCUGUACGUUGCUGUGGAAGGUACAUGGAUGACCUUUAUGAGUUGGAGCUGCAGUCGGUAUCGGGCACAAGAGGCUGGAGCAUCCCAGAGACAAAAGGGGGUGGUCCUACAGCACGGGAGUCCCACACUGCUGUUGCCUAUGUUGGUCUUGGCUCUCCAAAGCUUUUUAUCUUUGGAGGAAUGCAAGGCCGCCGGUUAGAUGACCUCUGGCAGCUUGACCUCAACACAAUGAUGUGGUCAGUUCCUGAUACUAGUGGUUCCACACCACUACCCAGAAGCCUUCACUCUGCCACUGUAAUUGGAAACAAAAUGUUUGUUUUUGGUGGCUGGAUUCCUGUUCCUGAGUCAGAGAAGCAAAAUGCAUCAGGAAUUAAAUGGAUUUGCACGAAUUCCUUAAGUGUUCUUAACUUAGACACUAUGAGUUGGCAGCACCUGGGCCCAGAAUACGAUGACAUUGGGUCCCAGCUGCACAGGUCCCAGAGUGACAACCAGAAUGCCAGCAGACCCAAAGCCAGGGCUGGACACUGCACCGCUGCUGUCGGAUCCAGGAUCUACGUUUGGAGCGGCAGAGAUAGUUACCAUAAGAACUUGAGCUACCAAGUCUGCUGCAAGGACCUUUGGUACCUGGAGACAGAUCGACCUUCCUCCGCAGAUGCUGUGAUGCUGAUCAAAUCCACUGUCAGCAUGCUCCAUGUGGCAUGGCGCCCUCUGUCUGCAGCAGACUGUUACCUCCUCCAGAUUCAGCCUGUGAGUUCCGCAGGGGCCGAGCCGCAAGCCAAACAGGUUGAUUCGACUGCAACAGCUGGAGAGAGAAAAGAUAAAGAUGUCCAGUCCUCUCAAAGUGAAUGCAACACUGCAGAACAAGAAAAUACUUCAUUGCAGCAGGAUGGCAGUCCAGUGAAAUCUUCCAAUAGCCAAGUAGACCCCCAAGAAGAAAAACGUGCAGCUGAGAAGACAACACACCAGAAUCCAGAGGAAGCACCGUGGUUUGACGUUGGGGUGUUCAAAACCCUCUUUUCUGAGGUCCAGUACUACUAUCUGCCUGCUGAGAACCACCAGGUGAUCCUCAGCGGUCGGUCUUCCAUUGCAAAAGAAUCCUUUCCUCAGAGGAAGCUUCCAGGCCCUCUGGACUACCAGGACAGAGAGAAGAAGGAGCUGACUCCAGGUCAGAGGUACAGGUUUAGAGUGGCAGGCAUCAACUGCUUGGGCCAAGGUGACUUCAGCCCAGUCAGCGAGUUCAAGACUUGUCAGCAUGGCUUUCCUGGAGCGCCGUCUGCUGUCAAGAUAACCAAGGCCAACGAUUUAGUCUACAUCACAUGGGAAGCUCCUCCCUCUCCAUCAGGCCGCAUCCUGGAGUAUUCCAUGUACAUGGCAGUGAAGAAAAGCCGCUCUUCCAGUUCUGAGGGUCCUGGCCAGUUGGCGUUCAUCCGAAUCUACCGCGGCACCAAGAUGUCCUGCACGGUCAGCUCUAAUCAGCUGGACAACGCCCACAUCGACUGCUCCGCCUCCAGCCGCCCGGCUCUCGUCUUUCGCAUUGCCGCCAAAAACGAGCAGGGCUACGGCCCAGCGACACAGAUCCGCUGGAUUCAAGAUCCUUUUAAAGUGCGAGCUGGAUCGAAGGCAGACGUUUGUGCUGCUGAUGACCCCGAUGCUGCUGACAGCUCCAGCUGAAAAUAUUACAAAGAAUAUUAGAAUGCGACUGCCCGCUGGAAAUCAAGCAAUAUACAACAGUACAUUUAUGUGUGCUAUAGUUUAUUUUUUUGCUAAUUUAUUUUUUGUAUUUAAAUAUUCCUUGUACAUAUGUU